AUGGAUGAUUUACUAGUGAUAGGUAGCAGCUUGACUCAUAUUCAAAGAGUAAGGAAAAACCUAAAAUCCAGAUUCAAGACGGAGGACAUAAGUAGCCUUAAAUACUUUCUUGGUAUAAUAUUGAUAAGACUUGCUGAUAGUAAACCAGUGGAGACACCUCUUGAGUUCAAUCACAAGCUCACUUCUCAUGAGUUUGACAAAGUAGUGAGGCCAGAAACAGUGACUUAUAGAAAGCUAUUUGCUGACAAAGGAGUUCACCAAAGAAUAGUUGGGAGGCUUCUAUACCUGACCAUGACAAGGACAAAUCUUUCCUUUGUGGUUCAAGUCCUAAGACAGCAUAUGCAUGCUCCUAGACAGACUCAAACAGAUGCAACAUUAAGAGUAGUCAGAUGCAUAAAGGGUACUGCAAGUCUUGGUCUUUUCAUGCCUGCUGAUAUUAAUCUGAAACUAACAGCCUAUUGUGAGCCAGACUAA